UCUGAAAGGGGCAGUCUCCAAAUGCCUGUUGAGUGUAGAAGCCUGUGAGAUGUGAACUAGAGAGCUAGAGGAUGUUUCUUGGUUGCCACUCUGAUGCAAGGAGGCCCUGGUGCCAAUCUUAGCUGUUGCAUCCGACGCAGUGGAAUGUGGAUUUUGACUGCAGCAUUUUCCUAAGAAGGUAAGCCAUAUCACCAGAUCUGAGAAAGGGGAUACUGCACACUAGCAAAGAAGCCAGCGGACUCCCUGUAUCAAACACUCCUGGCCAGCCCUUCCACUGAGCAAACUGGAAAAUGGAAAUGAAGAGAAAUACAACAAAGCUGCUGUGGCUCUUGAUGUUCUCUGAUAUUGUGCUAUUCAGCUAUGAGAAAUCACUGCGAGAGAGAGCUAUCGAGCUGAUGCAAGAUGCGCGUUUGAUCGAUGGCCACAAUGACUUGGUACUGCGGCUGAGAAUAUUUUACCAAAAUAGACUCAGUACAGUCAACCUAAGAGAACUCAACAAGACCCACACAAACCUUGUGAAACUUCAGGCUGGUUUUGUGGGAGCUCAGUUUUGGUCAGUGUAUGUUCUUUGCAGCGCUCAGAACAAGGAUGCUGUGCGUCUGACCUUAGAGCAAAUUGAUGUUGUCAAGAGGAUGUGUAACAGCUACCAAGAGCUUGAACUUGUGACGACUUCCCAAGGUAUCUCUGACAGUAGAAGGAUUGCGUGUUUGAUUGGAAUAGAAGGUGGUCACUCCAUUGACAGCAGUUUGGCAACACUGAGGAUGUAUUAUGACCUUGGUGUUCGUUACAUGUCUUUAACACAUUCCUGCAAUACACCUUGGUCUGAAUCAUCAUCUAAAGGAAUGCACAACUUUUACCCCAAUGUUAACGGUCUGACUGCAUUUGGCCAAGAAGUGGUAAAGGAGAUGAAUCGUCUGGGUAUGCUGGUAGAUUUAUCUCAUACUUCAGAUAUGACAGCUAAAGCUGCAUUGAGUAUCUCAAAAGCACCAGUAAUUUUUAGCCAUUCCUCAGCGUUUUCUGUUUGUAAUCACUCAAGAAAUGUUCCUGAUGAUAUCCUCCAGAAAGUGAAAAAGAACAAGGGAAUUAUCAUGGUGACUUUCAAUGCAGAUGUACUGGCCUGUGGCAGAAAAGUUGUUAAUGUUUCUACCCUUGCAGACCACUUUGACCACAUAAAGAAAAUUGCAGGUUCAGAAUCGAUAGGAAUUGGUGGUGACUAUGACGGAGUAGAACGUUUCCCCGAGGGAUUGGAAGACGUUUCUAAAUACCCUUCUUUGAUUGAGGAACUUCUUAGAAGAGGAUGGAACGAAACUGAACUGAAAGGGGUCUUAAGGGAGAACUUCCUCCGUGUCUUCAGAGAAGUGGAAAAUGUGCGGAACCUUAGCAGACUAAUGGAUGUAGGUGAAAGUGAAACUCCACAAGAAGUACAAAACUCCUGUCGCCUAGAUCUACGUAAUCAUCAGCCUCAGAAACUGAGGUCUUUUGGAUUUUCUUCUGUGGCACAACCUUUGAGUCUGACACUUGUAACUAUAUCACAUUUAAUACUGUAUUAUGAAUUGUGAGCCUUAUGGAGACUUGAGAGAGAUAUAUGGAGUAAUUUGAAAUGCAACUAGUUAUCAUUUGGGGAUUUUGUUAAGGUAAAGCUAUGCUAAAUAUUUUAGAUCAUUUCUUUAAAUUUGCCUGCAUACUUGAAAGUUAAUGUAGUUUUUAAAUGCUGUCGCAAAAGUAUUUGGAUUUUAAAGUGAUAAAUUCUGUGUCAUCCUGGCUAAACCAGUUCUAACAUUGUUAAUGGAAAGUAUUCACAUCUAAUGAAGAAAUACUCUCAUACACACUGGA